GUACACGUAGGCCAGAGAGGACGAGAAUCCGCCGUAGUCGUCUCCCAUUCCUUUCCCUCGCCUUUAUAUAUAAGCUUACAGGUACCAAACAAAGCCGGCAGCCUCGCGGGAAGAGUGGGAGGUUCCCCCCCCCCCGGGUACCUGAAUGUAGGGAGGUUCCUGUGCCUAGGCUGAGGUACCUAGGAAAAAGGCUGUGGGGGGGUAACCAGGUUCCGUGGCUUCCGCGUUCCCUCUGCGGGCCUCCCCGUGCCGGCCUCCAGCACCUAAAAGACCCAAAGGGGGUGGGGAAACGGGCUCGCUCCCCUCUCUCUCUCUUAUCGGUCCCUCGUCCUCUGGCCUGUACGUGCAUAAUCUGGCAUAACCCAGCGGCCCUCGCGCCCGCUCGUCGCUAUCGGAUUUGUGCACCGUCCCGAUAGGCAUCUACCGAGACUCCCGAGCCCGCAACAAUCGAGGCGCAGGCUGACUGACGGAUUCCUGUCCAGUACAACAUCUGUGCCGUGCAACGACCAACUCCCGCCCGCGCAUUUCCUACUGCCGUAUGUCGUAGCGCCGCGUAGAGGGGGAUCUACGCCUACACGAUACCGCAAUCCCCAGUGCCGCCGCCGCCGACCGCACCGACCUCGCCUGCCGCGCUCAUUCGUUCCCUAUCAUGGCUAUCGUCACCUAGCCUCUCAUCGCCUGCUUGCACCGUCCGCCUCCCAUUGUUCCCCGAAUGACCCGCCGCCAUGGCUUCUCACUCAGACCAAUCCUUCAACUCCAACAAUCCGUUCCGCCGAAAGUCCGCCAGUCCCUCCAAUGGCGCCAUCAGCCCCCCGCCCGCCCUCGCCCCGGCCUUCGACCGGUCUCUCGAUUCGACCCCGCGAGCGCCCUUUGCUGCUCUGAAAACCGCCCUCUCCCAGCUGGAGACGCGUGAAGCCGAGACCGAGGCAGGGCAGAGGCCGGGGGCAGACCAGGAGGCCGCGCCGGCAGAGCUGAAGCCCAAGAAGGUCGUGAAGAGGGUCCGCGUCCAGUCACCGCCUCCUUCCUCGCCCGAGGAUGCUGUCCCGGCGACCCGCUUCCGGCCGGGCAGCAGGUACUCGGACGAAGACGAAGACGACGAUGACGAUGACGAUGACGACAACGACGACGACGCGGAGACUAGCGACUCGGAGGAUUACGAGCGGCACAUUCGCGGGCCGUUCAACACGACCAUCGCUGAUGACCAGGAUGAGGAUAGCUAUGAGCACGCCCGGACGAGACCGCCGGCAAACCCCUUUUCGAAGACCCUUCACGAUAUGGAGCAGACCGAGCGAGGACAAGGUGCCGGCGCACCUGCGGCUAGCGCGGCAGCGAGGGGGAAUCUCGACGUGGAUUCCUUCAAGAGAUUACUCUUAACCGGUUAUGCCAACAUCCCAGGCCCGCCGCCUGCGUCGGCAUCGCCAGGGCUAGGCGUGAGCUCUAGGACCUCAACCACCCCGCAACAUGCUCUUCACGACGGCGCGAGCAAUACAGACGCUAGUUCCGUGUCGCGUCAAUCCAUCUUCGACGCCAUAGCCCAAGAAACGCCUCGAACCUCGCACGAAACCUCCGAACCCGAAGAGCCCGAGGAACGACGAAGCAUCCUAUCUACAUCUCCUCUCUCCCUUCCCGCCGUCCCGUCCAGCUCCUCUUCCUCUGCCAGGAAGAAGCCGCCGCCGCCUAGUUCCCGACAUGGAAAGCUCAUAAAGAUCGAAUUAGGCGCAGACACAGACCGCCGCACCGCGACACACCUGGCGUCUUCAGCGUUUGCCGAUACCUCUAUUUCCACCAUCGCACCUCCUCGCACGUCUAGCUCCCACUCCGUCACCGCGUCACCGCCCCAAUCCUUUCCCACUGAUGUAAAUAAACCGCUCCCGCAGACCCCCUUCCGCCCCACGGUAGAAGAGGCGGUGGACUCCCCCUUCGACCGUGAGGCUAUAGGAAAAGUGCCGGAGCCCUUCGCCAACGUACAGACUAACCCUCGGCCCCCGACACCGCCGUUUACUACUCGGAGCCGCUCCGAGUCGGAGAGUAGUAUGCAACCUCGCAAGCCUGCCGCGCCUCCGCCGCGUCGACACGGCAGGAGUGAUAGCAGAACGCCUUCUCUAAAGAACGUGAAUGUGGACGACGAUGCUCCCCCGAGGUCGUCCUUGGAAUCAGACCGUUCGAGGACGGAUAGCAUACGUACAAAUAACAACAACUUCAACAUACCCGCCCCGCCACCCCCUCGUCGACCCCAGCACUCCAGGCAGCGAAGCUCCCAGGCGACCCUCGGUCAAGGAAGUCUCGCUUCAGCGCCCGUAAUAAACGCGGCCGCGGGCGAGAGCGAGCGUUUGCCGAUAGGAUCGAAACCAGGCUUCGUAAAUGAUUAUGGACAGACGGAGGGCUCGGGAGGGUUGGCGACAGUCACCACGGGCAAAGACGGAACACCGAAAUUGUCGCCGCCGCCGCCGCCGCCGACUAGGCAGGCUAGCACGAGGCGGCCGGGGAGCGUGAGGAGCAUGGAUCUCGGCAAUGGGCUCGGCAUAGCGAAGAGGGUGAGCAAGGAGAAAGAAGGAGGAUUCGCCCCGCCGCCGCCGCCGCCGCCGCCUCCGAGGCAGAGGGGGGGUAGCCGCACGAGCGUAGAAGUCACAGCCGCCGGUGCAGUGGAGGGCGCAAGAAGCGUAAACGACGAUGCCCGACGGGCCGAGGAAGAGACCACCGCCCCUAGUACUCGGGGUCACGGCAAGCAGGGGGCGGAAAUCCUGGCGGACCUCGACGCGCUGCAAAGGGAGGUCGACGCCUUGAUGGGUAGAUAUGGGAAAGCCAGCGGGAACU